AUGCAGAUACCCAUCACAUCUCGCCGCAGAUAUGCACUGGGAGCACGCAACGGACUCAAACGCGCCUUGGCUCUUAAAUGGAACGGCAAUCUGCCGGCGAGCGACAGAGACCCGUUCUUCGUAUUCGACCUUUGGUGGAAGCACGUUCCAGCGGCGAGUCGCUCAUUACGCGAGUUCUGGCGUCGCGAUCCCGCUGAGCGAGACGGAGACUGGUCCAACUUUAGUCUUGUCCCCAUACGACAGCUCUUUGAAUACGUCGUUCGCUGCUCAGAGUCGCCGCCUGAGCUGUUGGAGCACGUACUCAUCGCCGCUACUCGCAAGGGCUACUUUGCAUUUGUAGCUCGCCUUGUCACUACGAGACUAGCGCAUCUCUACAACGCCGAACAAAUGGCACGUUUUCUUGACCAGCUAUCAGCUCAGGCUAUCGAGCAUGCAUUGUGGAACAAGGACGACGAGCAGAUGGACUACGUCAAGACGUACAGCGCUCGUCUAUGGGGCAACGCCAUCCGCAAACAAUGCAACGACCAUCAUGUCUCAGAUGCUAUCGCGCUUCUUCGCGCUGCGGCUGAGCGUAAUAUCCAGCUGGAUCACUUCACAUAUCGAUAUGUGCUCGGUGUUGUGCGGGAUGACGCCCAAGCCGUCAAAGAAGUCAUCUCCCUUUCGGACGAGCCGAAUCUUGCGCCCGCAAAGGUCGGCGAAAUCCUGGGUGACACAAGCGUCGAGCAGAUCCCCUCGAUAUACGAUUGGCGGAGCAUUGAAGAGAACCUCGAUAUCGCGACGCAUCAUCUGCGCGUACGUUCUCUAGCGCCGGGGAGCGGUGUCACCGUGGCGCGUGCCCUGUUGCCGCUCUUCUACCUAGCCUACCACGCGCGAAAGCCGCAACGUCGCUUGAUCUUGCAGGCGCUCCACUCGCGCGGUCACUCCCUUGGGGUCCUCCCGGACGUAUUGCACGCCCAUAUCCUGUUCAACAUACGGCGACGGAAGCCUUCGGACGCCUUGGCCGCGUUCAGACGCUACUUCCAUCCAGGAUGCGUUCCAAUGGACAUCAUUCAUACCCGGCUACAAGAUACCUUGGCGAAUCACCGCGUCAAUCAACUCAUUGUCUUGCCCGACAAGUUCGAGCCAGACCGACAAGUCCAAGCCUUAGCGUGGGGCGCUCUCGUACAUAUGACUCGCGAUGCGAAGAGCUUCGAAGAGCUUUACGCUCGCCUGCUCUCGGCGGCCGACCACGUACGCAUGCGAGACACAAUCUCGCCCGAAGCAUUCCAGCAUUUUAUCCGGCCUAUGGGCUCACGUCUCCCGCCGCACGUCCGCACACACGAGUUCGCUCAGCGUGUACUGCGCGAUAUGAGUGAGCGGGGGAUCGAGCCUAGUAUACGCGUGCAUGCCGCUGCGGCCGGUGCGUACCUAUGCGACGGAGUGAUGGACGGCUUUACGUCGCAUAUCGAUGCCAUGUUCGAUUUGUGUCGGGCACAGUUGGACGGAGCGGACACUCAGAUCGCGCAGAGGAAGCUUAGGGAGGCGCGGCAGGGCGGGGUGGCGGAGGUCCUGGGCGUCGCGUUCUACGCGAAAGCAUACGAGGAGGCACGCAUGGUUGUAGACCGUCUUGACGUUCAAGAGCAGUCCGAGGCGGCCUUGGGCUGGAAGCCUUUGCAGCCGCCGUCGAUAUUGCUUGACCGCAUCCGCGAUCUUCAGGUCGCGGAAGCAAGGAAGCAAAGAUGGCACGGCCUCGUGGACACCGCGAUUGAUGCGACGAGAUUGAACGCAGAGGUGCCGGGUGGGGCAUGGCUCGGAAGCGCCAGCGAUCUGAGUGAGCUCGAGGGGACACCGGUCAUUGAGGAGCCGGAUGGCCCGGAGCCGGAGAAACUUGAUGAAGGGGCGCACUGGCGACGGGAGAGCCGCACGUCGAAGGCGGCCCAUGAGCAUGGCGGACACGGAUGGUGA